GUCGCACAUGGUUUAUUGUGGGCAUCGUAGCGCAAAUGCAAGUUGACGAAUUAGUGGAAUUUGAAGAUAACUUCGUUAUGUUAUAAGACCGAUAAGAAAUGUUGCAUGCUUUUGCGGUGCAACGAUUUUGCAGUGGUUCGCUUAACCAGAAGUGGGCAUAAUCAAAUGUAGAUGCCGGUUCGUGCAAUAACAUUGUUUUGUGUUUCCUGAAACGGGGGUGUGACAGUUCUUGUGCAUUCCUAAAGUAUAUAUCUUUUUUUCUUUCGAAAUGAAACUGAACGUUGCAUAAUUUUUACCUUCUGCUCGUUCAGUGAACUCAAACAAAUCACCGACGUGAGAAAUUUUCAACAGCAUAUACGUUGUACUUGAGAUUGUUUAUUUUUCUUUAACUGAAUCAACAAUCCAAUUAUAGCCGAAAGUACAUAAAAUUGAUCUCAAUUACGCGAUUUGUAUCUUUUUUAAGAAUUCGUGCCAUAUUUUAAUAUUAUGCAGUUUUGAACGACAUACGAACAGAUACCAAAGUAGCCUAAGCUAUUUAUAGGUUAGAAAAAUACAUGCGUGCUGUUGUCAGUUACGGCAACGGCGAAUCAUCAAGUAAUCUUUAAUGCAAACCCUAUGCAUUGGCUUCAAGCAACCAACAUACGUGAAGAGAUGCCGUUAAGCCAAAUAAAUCAAAGUAAUUUUGUUAGUACCAGCGAAAGUGUAAAUCCUGGCACUGAGAUAGCAUCAACUUGUUACACCCCUCCACCUUCGUAUCACAAUAUUAAUUUACCUCUGGGACACCCAUCGACUCUGACUAAUGAUUGUGGUGCACCACCUACCUAUGAAGAAGCCAUAGAUCCAAAUGCUCCACCUCCGUCUUAUGAUUCAUUGUUUGGUCGUAUGAGGGAAGCUCAUAAAGUUUCAAAAGGAGUGUUUGAUUUUUUGAAAAAUAUUAUUGUAUUACUUCUAGGCACUAUUGGAUGUACUAUUAUCUUAGGAGUAACAAUAGUAGUUCCAAUAUGUAUGAUGGUCAUUGGAGGACUUUAUCUUUAUGAUUGCCCACAAGGAGAGUAUAUUCCUGUUUAUUUAUUAGUGGGUGGUGGUUUUGGUGUUUUCAAGCAGUUGUUGCAUUUGUCUGCAAGAGUACGUCAACGUCAGGAAGAACGAGACGAGGAAAGAAUAAGACAAUCUCCCACGCAAACAUUAAUUAAUUGUUUUAUGCUCGGCUGGUUUAUUAUAGGCUCAAUGUGGGUAUAUAAGGAAUAUGAGCCAAAUUACGAUCCAUCUCUUGGCAAAUACUGUAACAAAACAUUGUAUUUAUUCGCCUUUUGGCUAAUUACAGCCGUUUACAUAUUCUUGGGGGUGAUAACCGCUGGCUUUUGCAGCAUUUCAGUAGCAAGCAUCGCGUUUCAAAGACCACCGCCCGAUCUAAUGUAAAACACUAUGGUGUCAUUUUAAAGGAGAGAAACAGUCGUUCAGAAAUCUAUCAUUUUGGGAACAAAACGACAAAUUGAAAACAAACAUUUUUUGUGAAUAUACAAAAAUCACGUCAUAACAGGGCACAAAAUUUCGUCCACGCUUUACGUACCUGAGAUGCUUAAAACAACAAUCUACAAACGGAUCGUUUGCACGUUUAAAAUGCACAUAAAAUGCGUUCGAGUCCCAAAAUUUGAUGCUUGCAAUCGUCGAAACGUUCCCUGAUUUUUCAAGCGUACUCGAUUGUGUUUCAACGUCUAAUUAAUUAAGGCGACUUUUGCUAUGAAUUAGGUCAAAUCACCAUAGGAAAGCCGAUCGAUUUCUUAAAAUUGGUGUAUAGGUAGAAAAAGUGGAAAGGAAAGAAGGAAGCAAAAAUAAUCGAUGAUGCUUUAAUCGAUUCAGGGCUGUGGAUAGUUCGCAACAAAUGCGAAUUUUUUUGAUAUUGUGCCAAGAAAUCGCAAAAUCGUAGAACGAAGUAUUUUGCUAUCGAAACAUCGGUCGCCCGCAUCAACACCCGAUUCGAAUUCUUAACUUGAGUAGAAUCUCAGGACGUGUCAUAAAAAGAAGAGAGAAAAAAAUGUUCUAACACGGAAGUGUCAUCGAGCACUGUGAUAACAUAUACGAGAAAUUAUGCCGUCAUUAACGUGUUGAAUCAUGAUAUUCAUAUUGUGGCGUCUAAUUAAACAUCAGCUGUUCUUUUACAAGUGAAAAUGGUUACAUCUACUUGUAUAAUAGCUUCUUGUUGAAAGACUGCGAUACUUCGCAAAACACGUUUUUUUAUUCCUUUGCCCUCUCCUCCGUCCUUUUAAAACCUUUCGACCUUCAUUGAGGCUUUAUGUCAAUGUAGUCGAAUAACCGUUUUAUAAAGACUCGUUUGAAGAUUAAGGGGUAAACUAUAUAUAUAUAUAAAAUAUACAUAUGUAUAUUAAAAUACACGCUCCUUUUAGUAUUUCGAAACUAUUUGAAUGCCAGUAUUUAUUAGUAUCGUCAGAAAGAACAAUUUUUAAGAAAUCUUCGUAUUUGAUUGGUAUUUAGGUUAAUGUAGUGGAGGAUGGAGAAUUUUCGAUUGGAAAAGCAAAAUGUAUUCCUCGACGUUUUAUUAAUGUUAAAAAGGAAAAUGUUCUCCACUUUCAUAUGACUUAUGAACUAAUCUGUACUAUCUGUAUUUUUUCAAAACAGCGUUUUUGUCUUCCUAUUUAUGUCCGGUUCAACCAAAUGUUGUAAAUAUAUUUCGAAAUCAUCUCUCUCUCCCCCUCUCUCUCUUUCUCUCUCUCUCUCUCUCUCUCUUUUUAUAUAUAUAUAUCUAUCUAUCUAUGUAUCUAAAUAUUUACGUGUUUCCAUCGACGAACGUAAUUUUGAAAUACACACGCUUGUGCGUUAUAAAAGAGAGAAAGAAACAAAAAAGAAAACUUAAAUAAUCGAACGAUACAAGCGAGCUUGCGCUUUCAAGAAUACAUAUAGAAAACACACAAAUCAUUUACGUAUCUAAAACUAUGUUAAAUCGAUCUUUGGAGUAAAACUGAAUAGACUGCAAUCGUAUGUUGAGCGUACGCUUAGCUAAUAUUAUGAAAACGUAUCCUCGUUCUAUCUGUUGCUGAUAUUCAAUGUAAUACACCUUACGUAUGUAUACAUAUACGUUACAUAUAUACUUUAAACACUUUGACAAAUGAAACUUCCGAACAAGACCUACGUGUGCCUGUAAAAUAAGUUCUUUACAUUGUCUGAUAUUAUGGGCACAUACGCACAUUUAUUAUUAUAAUUUCCUAAAUAAAGUGCUUAAAAACA